GUGAUUGAAUUGAUGAAUCCUUGAAUAGGCGAGGAAAGGCCUUUUGGUCGAGUUGUGUAGUUGCUGCGGGGCGAAUAUGUGUUAAGUUUGUUGAUUUCUUGAGGCUUCUGGCGUUAUUUCUGGUUGCAAGGGGGCCCUCCGCCGCCGGCGGGCCAGUGCUCGCGACGCGCGGCCACAGCCGCAGCGCACGCCUCCUCAUGUGGACUCACACAGGUGCGAUUGCCGGCGCUGGUCAUCACGUCUAAAAUCAAGACAAUGCUCCCACAACUCUAGAACGCCGUGACGCUCAUCUUCAGCCAACACAUUCGGCAUCGCCACCAUGGGUCUGGUCCUUCAGCUGAAACUGCUUUUAUGGAAAAAUUUCACUCUUCGUCGGCGCCAAAAGGUGCGCAUGGUGAUCGAACUCCUCUGGCCGAUGUUUCUAUUUCUGAUCCUGAUGUGGGUACGCAGCCGAGGUCUCAAGUUUAACAUGCACGAAUGUCACUUCGAACCGAAGCCGAUGCCAUCAGCGGGUCCAGUGCAGUUUCUUCGUGGUUUUGUUUGCACAUUCAACAACACAUGCCACGAGCGCGUGCCUCCCGAAACGUCAGCGAUCUACAAAGAGGCCUUGCUGACACGACUGCUGGAUGACGUGGGUGCUGUACUCGAGCUCCGCGUCAACCGGUCGACAGCGCGCAGCGUGCGUCACUUUGCCACCGACCUAGCCUCGCUACGGGAGCUAGGCUUGCGGCUGUGGGCCGGUCAAGCAGAGCUGCGCGGCUCCAUCAGCCUCGGCGAUGUUAUCACCAACAAGACUGCGUACCACGCCUUACUGAAGGAGUUCGGCAUCGGAAAUGGCCGCUGGGCACGCACACAGCUCCUAGCAGCGUCCGUACCUCUUACACAGCUGCCAGAAAUCGUGAAUCGCCUCGGUCUUUUGUUGGCGCUGCCAGGAGCGGACGGACUUCUUUGCGACUCCGGCUUUUUCUCCGACCUUCUGCGGUCCCCGGCUGAGGCCACCACUUCGGCGAUGGUGCGGGAGAUCUGUGCGCUGCCCGUGGCCGAUCAGCAGGCUCUGCUCGGUCGGCUGAUUGCGCUGGUCGAACGGCGUAGGGUGCUGCGUCUGCUGGGCCGCGUAGUGCGUCAGUCCGGCGGCGGCGCACUGCGGCCCGAUGACUGGCUAGCCGUGCUCAGACUCGGUCGCCAGGUGUCUGAAGAUCUGCGGGAACUGGACACGUUCUCCCGGCUCUUGGAACACGUCUCUGAACUGACGGAAGCCGUCAACCUGGACGAGCCAGAGAGCACGCUGAACGUUACCGGCGAGCCGAUGAACAUCAGCCAGCCGAUGCUGCUUGCGAUGAGGUUCCAGGGCGCUGUGUGUGGCGUGGACUACGCCCGCAUGGCCAUGCCCAGUGGCAGACAACGACGCCUGGCACCCAUCAACGCUAUCAAAGACAAGAUGGACGAGAUGCCGGAACAGGAGUUCUCAAAUGACACAUCCAUUUCGGAUGAAUGUAACGAGCUCUUCCACAGUUUGGACAGCAACUGGAUGACAAAGUUCUUCUGGCGGACAGUGAAGCCAUUUGUACGAGGUAAAAUUCUUUUCGCCCCAGAUACACCUGUGACAAAGCGUGUCAUGACGCGCGUGAAUGCUACGUUUGAGCCCGUGCGACAAACACUGAAGUUCAUGGAGGAGUGGCCGGAUCGCUCGUGGUGGUACAGACAGCGUGUGUUAUCCAUAGUGCGGCGACUGGACAGUUUUCAGGCGGUGUGGCGUCAGGCGGAGACCUGGGGCGCCUUCCAAUCCUUGCCUCUGUUACCUGUGCCCGCCAAUAACAAAACUUUGAACUCCCUGACAAAGCGCUUAUCGCUCCUGAUUGGUCCUGGAUCCGAGGAGCGCUGGUCACAGCUGUUUGACACAGCAGAUGAAGUGGCAGUGAACGCCAGCGUCUACUUGGCUUGCUUUGAGCUGAACAAGCUCGAAGGUUUGUCGGACGAGCACGCUUUGGUGAGACGAAGCAGUAACCUGACAGCGGAGAACAUGCUCUGGGCCGGCGUCGUGUUCAUGGACGUAGAGCCAGGCGCAGAAACAAUGCCCACCUACGUGCGAUAUAAAAUACGCGUCGACGGCGAUCGUGUUGAUUCAACGAAGCAUAUCAUGGACAGAAUGACACGAAUGGGGCCUAGACAGUGGCCCUACCAAGAUCUGAAGUACAUCACCUAUGGUUUUGCAUACAUGCAGGAUAUUUUAGAGCACAGUAUUAUUGAAGAAUUGACAGGCGAAGAGGUGAAAACUGGAGUGUACCUUCAUCAGAUGCCGUACCCAUGCUUCAUCGAUGAUCAAUUUGUGCUUGCAAUCUCAAGAACGUUCCCAUUGUUCAUGGUGCUAGCUUGGGUCUACACGUCAGCUAUGAUUGUCAAGUCUAUUGUGUACGAGAAGGAGCAGCGACUGAAAGAGGUGAUGCGAAUCCUUGGACUGAGUAACGGAGUGCACUGGCUGGGAUGGUUCCUGACCAGUUUCUCCUCAAUGGUUGUCAGCGACGUGCUGCUUACCAUCGUCCUCGUGUACGGAAAAGUGCUGGAAAAUUCGGACCCAUUCAUAGUCUUCCUGUUCUUACUGUGCUUCACCAUGGCCACCAUCACGUUAAGCUUUUUGCUGUCUACUCUGUUUUCCAAAGCAAACCUGGCAGCAGCGGCUGGUGGAAUUCUCUACUUCAUCUCCUAUCUGCCAUAUCCAUUCCUCAUCAUUUGGGACGAGCACCUUGAUUACCUGCAUAAGCUGUUGGGAAGCUUACUGUCUAACGUCGCGUUCGGUUUCGGAUGUUCCUACUUUGCACACUACGAAGAGCGUGGUGUCGGCAUCCAGUGGUCGACCAUCGACAAGAGUCCGAUUGUGGGAGACGAGUUCAGCCUCUUGCAGAGCAUGUUCGUGCUUCUGCUCGACAGUUUUCUGUACGGCCUGCUUACCUGGUACAUCGAAGCAGUUUUCCCAGGCCAGUUUGGCAUACCACGGCCGUGGUUCUUCCCAUUCAUGCGUUCCUACUGGUGUGGUGUGGAGCCUCAUACAAUACCCGAUAAAGAAGCCGUGCCACUGACGGACAGCAUGGGAAAUGACAAGUUUGAAGCGGAACCGACGAACCUGCCUCUCGGCGUAGCCGUUCAGCAUCUUCGCAAAGUAUACGCAAACGGGAAAGUGGCAGUUGAAGACAUGUCCCUAAACUUCUACGAAGGUCAGAUCACAUCGUUCCUUGGUCAUAACGGCGCUGGAAAAACGACCACCAUCUCGAUACUGAUUGGUCUCUUUCCACCGACAAAGGGCACUGCCAAAAUAUACAACUUCGACAUACGCACGGAGAUGGACCAGAUUCGUCAAAGUCUUGGCAUCUGUCCCCAGCACAAUACCCUAUUCGAUGAACUAACUGUCGCUGAGCACAUCUGGUUCUACGCACGCCUCAAGGGUCGUCUACCGGCUGAAGUCGACGAAGAGAGCGAUCGUAUGAUUGAAGAUCUUGGCCUACCGCACAAGCGAGACGAGCUGUCCAAAAACCUCUCAGGUGGUAUGCAGAGGAAGCUGUCCAUCGCGGUCGCCUUCGUGGGUGGCUCGCGCACGGUCAUCCUAGACGAGCCCACAUCAGGGGUGGAUCCGUACUCCCGUCGGUCAAUCUGGGAGCUACUCAUGAAGUACAAAUCGGGCCGCACCAUCAUCCUCACCACUCACUUCAUGGACGAGGCAGACAUUCUCGGUGACAGGAUCGCCAUCAUUGCACAAGGCCAACUACAGUGCUGUGGCUCGAGCCUCUUCCUCAAGAGCAACUUCGGCUCGGGCUACUACCUCACUCUGGCACGGUUCCAGGAAAGUCAGGUGACGCUCCGUAUCAGCUCGGACACUGAGGUCCCGGAUGGGCCCGGUGAACCCGCCGGCGAUCCGUCACGGAGUGUUGAAACCAUGCAGACCACAUCUGCUGAUCGUAACCGGCGUGCGAGCGGUCCUGACCAGGAACAGGUCACUCGCUUCAUUCAGGAGUAUGUUCGGCGCGCAUAUCUGUUGGAAAAUUUCGGCACAGAGCUGACAUACGUUCUUCCUAACGACCAGCGCCUUGCCGAGCGGCUGGAGCGCCUCCUUGAAGCGCUCGACGACAACUUGACUCGCCUCGGCAUCACCAGCUACGGUUUGUCAGACACCUCUCUGGAGGAGAUCUUCCUGAGGCUGGCCGACGACGGGAGCCGACUGAGUGAGCGUGUGCUCAGCCAGCAGAUCAGCAGCAUCACUGACGGCGGGAAGUACCCCACGCGCCUACGGACUGGUGAUCUCCGACGUCACUCGCUGUCACUGCUCAACACGCCGGCUGGUUCACAAGAGCAGGGCGUUGACACGCGUCGUCACUCCGGCUCUUUUGCGGCACAGACAACCGCCAACUUCUCCGACGAUGAAGCGCCCACGCCAGUUACACCUCCCAAAGUGAGCCCAGCGCCACCACGAAGCGCGGUUGCCGCCAAGCUGGCUUCGAGGGGCGCGGGUUAUGCCACCCCGCUGUGGGCUCGCCACGUGUGUGCUCUUCACGUCAAACGAUUCAAUCACUGUCGGCGCAACGUCAAGGGUCUCUUCUGCGAGAUCAUCUUGCCAGCGUUCUUCGUGUGCUUGUCGAUGCUCUUCACUCUGAUCCUGCCUCCCCUGGAAGAGGAGCCGCCUCUGGAACUCUCUCCGUGGGUUUAUGAGCCACCGUUCUAUGUCUUCUUUGCAAACGAUCACAUCGAGUCAUCUCUGGCGCGACGAUAUGAAGAUGAGCUGAUCGGCUUUCCGGGCAUCGGAACGAAAUGUGUUAGAGAGAACGCGACAUGCGGCAAUCCGCCAGCUCGUACGCAAUUCUAUGCAGCAAUAGGAAAACCGGUGCGAACUGCUGAGUGCUCAUGCGCCACUGGAAGUAUGGAGUGCCCGUCAGGUGCCACCGGGCCGGCACCGGCGCAGGCACCCGGGGCGGGAGGCGAGCUGCUAUUGAACGUCACAGAUCGCAAUGUCAGUGAUUGGCUGGUGAAGUCGCGACCCGAGUUCUACAAGACCCGCUGGGGUGGAUUCACGUUCGGGUACAACAACCCGUUCGCAACAGCAAACUUCAGCAGGUAUCGAGCAGCAGUGCGAAGGAUCGGAGAGGCAUUGCUGGGUGUUGGAAGAGAUGCACUACUCAAUGUCACCGAUGACCAGCUUAGAAACCAGACAUACUAUAUAUCACUGAAUGAUACAGAUGGGCAAACAGAUAACUUCACCUAUGUGCCGUUUGGUCUAGCAGAUGAUGCUUUCGACAAACUGGAGGACUUUGCCAAAAAUUCUGAGAUUCUGGACAACGUGAAGAUAUGGUACAACAACAAGGGCUGGGCCUCAUCCGUUGCUUAUAUGAACGCAUUCAACAACAUGUUAUUGCGGUCUCGCUUCAACUCGUCAGUGAAACGCUGGUAUGGCAUCGAGGCCAUCAACCACCCGCUGAACUUCACUCGCGGACAGCUACGUCGUGAACUCAGCAAACAGUCCGGAAUCAGCCUCCUACAUGCCAUCUGCGUCAUCUUCGCGCUGAGCUUCGUGCCAGCAUCGUUCACGUUGUUCCUGAUCGAAGAACGUCAGUGCAAGGCAAAACACUUACAGUUCGUGUCUGGCGUACGGCCAAUAGUCUACUGGGUGGCCGAGUACAUGUGGGACAUGUUCAACUACUUAAUAUCGGCAGGGCUGUGUGUCGCGAUCUUCCUGGCCUUCGGUGAAGAGGCGUACGUUUCUGAGAGAAACCUGCCAGGGCUCUUGCUGCUGCUGGUGCUGUAUGGCUGGUCAAGCAUUCCGCUCAUGUAUCCCGCCAGCUUCAUUUUCACUGUGCCUGCGUCAGCGUUCGUCACCCUGGCCUGUGCCAACCUCUUCAUCGGGAUAGUCACCACGAUUGCCACGUUUGUGCUGGAAAUACUGAACGACGAACAACUGCAAAUGAUUGCAGAGAUAUUGAAGAAGGUGUUCCUGGUGUUCCCACACUACUGUCUUGGCCGCGGUCUGAUGGACAUGGCCGCUAACCAACUGAGAGCAGACACGCUAGCAGAAUUUGGAUUUUCUGCGAAACGUGAUCUAUUUGAGUGGACGUUCUUGGGUCGGAAUUUGUUUUGCAUGUUGAUCCAGGGCGUGCUAGCCUUCCUGCUAACUAUGCUGAUCGAAUACCGUCCUGGCUGCCGACGCCGACAGCUCAUGCCCAUGGCGCCGAUUUCAACAGACGACAUGGACGUUGAUGUGCAGAGAGAGCGACAACGUGUGCUCAGCGGACGUGCCGACAAGGACAUACUGCGCGUGUUUAACCUGACCAAGGUCUACAAGAAGGGACGACUUCCAGCCGUCAACCACCUCUGUCUGGGUGUGCGACGCGGCGAGUGCUUCGGUCUCUUGGGCGUCAACGGUGCCGGCAAGACGUCCACUUUCAAAAUGCUGACUGGUGACACGACAAUCAGCUACGGUGAUGCCUUCAUCUGCGGCCGCAGCGUCAUCGACGACCCGGUGCGUGUGCGUCAGCAGAUCGGCUACUGUCCGCAGUUUGACGCGCUCGACUCGCUCCUCACGGGCCGCGAGCACAUCGAGUUUUACGCCCGACUGCGCGGAGUGCCUGCGGACUGCCUGGCACACGUGGUGGAGACCAAUAUCCGCCGGCUGGGUCUGUCGCCGCACGCUGACCGCACUGCCGGGAGUUACUCGGGCGGCAACAAGCGCAAGCUGUCGACGGCCAUUGCGCUGAUCGGCGACCCGCCGCUGGUGUUCCUGGACGAGCCGACCAGCGGCAUGGACCCGGCGGCGCGCCGCCUGCUCUGGACCUGCGUCUCGGACAUGGUGCGCCAGGGCUGCUCGGUGGUGCUCACCUCACACAGCAUGGAGGAGUGCGAGGCGCUCUGCACCCGACUGGCCAUCAUGGUCAACGGCCAGUUCAAGUGUCUGGGCAGCCUGCAGCACCUGAAGAGCCGGUUCGGUGACGGGUACACGGUGACGCUGCGCGCGCACCCGGGUCAGCUGGCGGCCGUGGAGCGCCGUCUCCAGGAGAGUCUGCCGCAGGGCGAGGUGCGCGAGAAACACCACUCGCAGGUCUCCUACCAGCUGCCGUCCGUGGACCUGCGGCUGGCCGGCGUGUUCCAGCUGCUCGAGGGACUGAGGGCCGAGCGACUCGUCGAGGACUACUCCCUCAACCAGACCACCCUCGACGAGGUGUUUGUCAGGUUCGCCGGCGAGCAGACCGAGAUGUUAGAGGACGAGGUGGCCGGCAGCCGUCUCAGCCUCAACGACCAGUCGACGCGCCGGUUCCGCGGCCCCAAGAAGGUGCGCUUCCCUGCCAAACAGGAGACGCCGGCGCCGGCCGCACCUGUGGGUAACGCCGACGGUCCCACGGCUUCCUCCGAGCUCCUGCCGCCCUCUCCACCGACUGUGGACGUCGGUCAGGUGCGGCUCACAGACAUCACAGCCGUGUAGGAGGGGCCGUGAGUGACAGCCGUAUAGCCGGAGUCGUGAGUGUAGCCCGUUUCGUAAAUGUGGCCGGCUCGCGGACAUCAGAGCUGUGUAAUCAGUGCCGUGAGUCGGGCCAGCUUACAGAGAUUACAGCCGUGUAGGAGACGCCGUGAGUUGAACAGCCGUGUAGCCGACGCGGGAGAUAAGUCCGUGCGGUGAGUUUGGCCAGCCCACAGACACCAGACAGCCGUGUAGAGGGCGCCUUGAGUCGCACAGCUGUGUAGCAGGAGUCAUGAGAUCAGCCCCCUGCCCCGAGUGAGUUGAACACCUGUGUAGCCGUCGCGGUGAGUCCGACCGACUCAAAUGGACCUCACGGCAGUGUAGCAAUGCUGUCGCCAUGAGUGGUGAGCGGCUAUCCUGGACCCGGAGAUGGAAGGCGCUACCGAUCAGCACCCAUGGCUUCCGUCUAAUGCCAAGCGGGUAUACGAUGUCAAUGGGCUUACCUGAUUAUCCAUAACAGCGUGUGCCAGGCUACAAAGCGAUGUCUGUCGGGGUUCUGCGACACCUGAGCGAGCGUCAUUUCAGCGAACGACAUUUGAGCGAAGCCUUUUCAGCGAUUAUCAAUUUAAGCGAUUGACUUUUUCAGCGAUUGUCAAGUCGGCGAAUUCAAUCACAGCGAUUAUCAACUUAAGCGAGGACCAGAAUCAGCGAAACCAGAUUGAACGAAUAUAUGGAGGUCAAUGGGGGACCAAUUGAGCGAACACAGUUACAGCGAAACCGAACGCGACGGAAGUCAAUCAUUUGCUACUUUUCGGGAAUUCUUGCCCUUGGAAAACCUGCUUGGUAUGUGUCAUGCUUCAAGCUGCGCGCGGCAAAUUAAAAAUUUUAUUUUAAGCUUGGAAACCACCAAAAUAUCUGGGCUCAUUCUGCAACUUUGAUCUGGGAAAUGUGGAACGUGAGAGAUAGGACGAUGGAAGGAAUGCCAAGGACCAAUAAUAAACUCUUGGGAUGGCACAGGGGGAUCCAGUCUAUGUUUCAGGGACCUCACCCAAAUAUCUGGAAAUUCGUACGGUGCUUGGGGCAAGAACAAAUUUUACAACAUGGGGAACUGAUCCAAAUUCAAGCGGGGGAAUUUCGCGAAAAACAGCACAAGCAAUAUGAAUCUCUGAACAAACGUUUGGUAUGCGUUUGGUCAUCAUUAUUGGCAAACAGCAGGUGGGGGGGGGGGGGUGAAAUCGAACCGCUGUAAUUUUUGAGAAAUGUGGCUUUAAAUUUGGAGCUUAAUGUCUGAACAUUGAAUGUGACAUCCGCCAUCCAGUUACGGAUCACCAUGAAAAGUUCCGGAAACAUUCGUUGUACGAACGCUCGCAAAAGAAAAAGGAAAAAACACCGUUACGGGACGAUGAAGUGUUUCGCUGAAAUGACAGUCGCUCAAACUGUAGUCGACGAAAAAGAUGUCGCUGAAACAUAGCUUUCGCUUAAAUUGAUAAUCGCUAUAUUUGAUAAUCGCUCAAUUUGAUAUUCGCUAAGUUGCCAGUCGCUGAAAAUGGUUCGCUCAAAUGACGUUCGCUCAAAUGACACUCGCUAAAGUCGCUCGCACCGGUCUGUCGGUCAUUGUCUACCUUGUCUAGCGAUAUCAGUUGACAAGGUCCCUUUUCAGGUAUUUAGGUGUCUAGUUGGCUUAGGCAUGUCCCUGUCGUCUGAAUCUUGGCUGUCAUACAGCGCGCAUUUGGAACGUCUGUAGGUAGUUAGAUAGGGGGGAUAUCCUCUCAAAUUAGUGGCGAACGUCCAGCAUCCAUGUAUGACCAUCAGGCCCUGUGGACCAGACUGCACUAAGAACAAUCGCUCCUGCCAAGCCAUGCAUAUGGCGUGUAGCACUGCAAGGGAUGACUGACCAGAGUGCGAGGCGAGGGGUACCAGCAACUAACUGGCUGUUAUGACAGUUUGACCGGCAGUCAGUGACGUUUGGCCGUCCGCUACCGCCCUUCUCCCAGCACCAUAUCGAUGGUGCCAGUAUUUUAUUUUCACUGAAUGUUGUCUAGUGGUGAUAUGGAGUUUAAACACGAAGAAAACGUAGAGUAUUGAAGAAGACUAAACUGUAAGAUAACGAAUGUGAGGUGUUGUGCGCAACAUUGUCUAUAUUCAGCAUCGUCUAUGUUAUGUCCGCCAGGCGUCGCUUAUGCCACAGGUUUAGGGUCGGUAGAUGGCGGUAGGGUGAGGAGCAGCACUAAAUGCAUACGCUGCGUUAUCUGUGGUAUUUUAUUCAGUUCAGUAUGUUAGCCGUUAUGUUCAGUUUAUUUUUGUUGUAUCCUCUACGCUACGUACAUGGUGUCUGGAUAGAAAGUCACGAAGAUCUGUUGUGAGCGCAAUGUUAAAUGCCAAAGAUCAAAAUAUAGAUCUGACUCAG